CAAACCCUCUCUGAUUAAGGGGCUGGAAAAAGGUUGAUUUGCCUCAUUCAGGAAACAGGCAGCUGAGGAUGACAGCUUGGUAACUUGUCCAAGGUCUUACAGCCAGGGAGGACCAGAACUUAAACUAAAAUGUGAAACUGAGACUGAAGUCAGGAAAACUGAGAGCGGCACACACGUCAGGAGUCAGGAGCAGCGGUGGCUCUGGCGUCCAGCCCCCCGGGGCUCCAUGCCAGGCACACCCAGCAUGCGAAUCACACUUGCUAUGACAGCUUGGAUCAUUUCUGUAGUUCCCAGUCAGGAAUAUAGAGCAAACAGUUUGCCAGAUGUCGAAAAUGAAGAUUUCAUCAAAGACUGUGUUCGAAUUCAUAACAAGUUCCGGUCAGAGGUGACUCCAACGGCCAGUGCUAUGCUGUACAUGACUUGGGACCCCGCACUAGCCCGAAUUGCAAAAGCCUGGGCAAAAAACUGUCGGUUUGCCCACAAUGGACAGCUGGGGUCGAACAAGCUGCACCCAAAUUUCACUUCAGUGGGAGAAAACAUCUGGACUGGGUCUUUAUCCAUAUUCUCUGUGUCUUCAGCCAUCACAAACUGGCACAGUGAAAUUCAGUACUAUGACUUCGAGACUCAGAGAUGCAGCAAGGUCUGUGGCCAUUACACUCAGGUGGUCUGGGCAGACAGUUACAAAGUUGGCUGUGCGGUACAGCAUUGUUCCACAGUGGAUGGCCUGGCGCAUUUUACCAAUGUAGCCCAUUUCAUAUGCAACUAUGGACCAGGACAAACCUACCAAAGGCCAUACAGAAAAGGAUCUACUUGCACUGCCUGCCCCAAAGAUGACAAAUGUUUGGAUAAUCUUUGCACUAACCCAAAGCGAGAUAAAGUCACACGUUACUACUCUAUUGUGUAUCCUGACUGGCCAAUGUCUUCACGCAACAGAUACCUAUCUCUCUUUCUCAUUGUUAGUUCACCAAUCCUAAUACUGAGUGCUAUAAUGGCCAUUUGGGUCAAGCAUAAAUACCCUCAUUUAGUUCUUUUGAACUAAUAUAAUCCACAAAAAACCACAAUUCGUUCAUAUAUGGGUUUUUUUUUUAAAUUAAUAGUUGGGUAUUAUUUCUUAUUUCUAAUUUUAGAACAUUUCAGAAAAAAAUAUGCUGUUGUAGUAAACCACCCUUAAUAAAAACAAAAAACUGUUCAACCUCCUAUCUCUAGAAUAAACUCAUUUUUACUUUCCACUUUUCUACAAA